UUCAAAGUUGUCAGUGACUCACCAUGAGAGAGGAACAGCCACAGCGAGUUAUUCGUCUGUGUUAAACGAUUUAAAAUGUAUUAUAUUUAUUUAUUUUGGUAAUGAAGUCGGAUUACUAAUAAGAAAAGCAACAUGACGACAACAGAGUUUGGGUAAUUUAUUGAACAGCAUUUUUGUCACUGAAACACGCCGUAGGCUACAAAGAUGGAAGCCCACUUCACGGAAACGUUAGAGGACUUCAUGGAAAGUGCACUCGUUACGUGGGUGCGUCUUUUUGAAGAUAUGGUGGAUGGCGAGUCGACAGACCCCUCAUCCCAUCAGUACAUGGAGGUGAACUCCAGCUCCCAGAAUGCCAUGAAAGUGUACAAAAGACUCACAAAUGGUAUCUACCUCAAUGAAGUCAUGAGGAUAAUUGACCCCAAUCCCAAAGUGGAACAACUUUACCGCAACGUGAAUGAUGACAAGAUUCUGAGGGUGCAGAACUUCUCCGUUCUAAACCGACACCUGCGCUCCUACUAUCAGGAAAACUUACAGCAGUUGAUUCUGAUGCCCCUUCCAAACAUUGCCAUUCUGGGACAAGACCCUCUCACAGAGGGAGCUGUGGAGGAGCUGAGGAGGCUGCUGCUGCUGCUGCUCGGCUGUGCUGUGCAGUGCGAGAGGAAAGAAACCUUCAUUCAGCAGAUCCAGUCUUUGGACAUCGAGACCCAGACAGCCAUUGCCAUGUGUAUUCAGGAGGUGACCCAAGACCCGCGUGCCGUGCUGCCCCUGGAGUAUGCAGAGCUGUGUGGGCUGCAGAUGGAGGAGGUUCAGGCCCUCUUCAGUGUCAUGGCCAAGCAGAUACAGGGCCUGCUGUCUCAGAGGGACACACACCUGGAGAGGAUAGCAGAGCUGUGUGCAGAGCGUGAGUCAUCUGAGUGUCUCUCGGCGCCCCCUGCAGGCUAUGGUGCUAAUGACCCUCCAGAGGGCCUCGCUGUGCAGCUGGCAGACUGCAAGGCCAAGUUACGCAGACUCAAACAGGAGCUGGAAGAUAAGGGUGAUCAAUUGCUGGACUAUAAGCAGGAGAUUCAGACUGUGGAGGGCCAGCUGAAGAAACUACAGCAAGAGAACCGGACUCUGGCGGGGGAGGCAAGGGGGAGCCGGGCUCUGUGUGACGAGCUGGACUGCCUGCGCGAUCGGGCGGCCAAGGCGGACCAGCUGCAGACGGAACUGCAGUCCUGCACACACCGCCUGCGCAGCCUCGACCUCUACCGCACACAGCUCAAGGAGCAGCAGCAGUACUGCACCACUCUACAGGAGAACAAGGCCUUGCUGGAGGAGCAGCUGUCUGACGCCCGUGCAAGGUGCUCCGCACUACGGGAGCUCGAGAGGGACAAUUUUGUGCUACGGCAGAAGCUGAUGGAUUUGGAAGGAGAGCGCGACACAGAGAGGCAGCGCGUGGACGAGCUUCUGGAGAUGAACAUGGGCCUGCAGUCAGAGCUGAGGCAGAGCCGUUCGUCCACGCCAGCUGUCACUCAUCAUUUCCUCCAAUCAGAGAUCGAGUCGGACUAUGAGGACCUGCCCCCAGAGCAAGAUCUGAAACCCUUGAGUGUGGAGGUUGGAGAGGCGUCCACUCUGCGUCUCCUGGGAGCCGAGAACGAGAACGCAGAGCUGAGGAGGCGUCUGGAGCUGCUGCAGGCCGAGAGAGAGGGCAGUGCAGAGGACACAAAGGAGGAGCUGGAGAGACAGCUGGAGCAGCUGAGGAGUCUGCAAGAGGAGCAUCAGAACACCCUCAGAGAGUUUCAGAACAUGAAGAACGAAAACACCAGCUUGAGAAAAUCUCUGGAGCAGCUGAGGACAAAUAAAGAGCUUAUCGACACUUUGGAGGAGGAGACGACAUCUCCUGAAUGGAGGAAAGGAGGCACACGGAGAGGAGAGGGGGAAGGAAAGGACAUGAGAAAAGAGGAGAAACUGAGGGGGGUAGAAGGGGAAGAAGAAGAGGAAAAUAGAACAAAAGAGGUCAUUAGGGCGACGAGGGAGGAAGGAGAAGGUGAAGAGGUCCUUCAUCAUCAGAAGAAGGAGAGAAAGAAAACGGAGGAUGAGGAGGCAAUGGAGGUGAAGAGUAAAGACAGAGGAGAAGCAGAGGGGGAGAAGAAGAUGGAGAGGAGGAAGGAAUCGGCCCCUACCUGCCAACAAGCGGUGGAGGAGGAAGAAAGGGAGAUGACAGAGGACAAAACACCAAAGCCAGAGACAGCGGUGGAGGAAGAACAGGUCAUGGAUCCAACACCAAUUGUUGACACCAGCCUCCUGGCUGCCCAGCUCCAAGAGGCCCAGGAGGAGGCUGACAGACAGACAGCCGUAGCCCAGGACCUGCGCUCUAAACUGGGGGAGCAGAGCAAGAAGGCCUGGGAGGCUGAGCAGAGGCUGGUGGUCCUCGAAGCCCAGACUCAGAGACUGAGGAAAUCAGCUGACAUGCUGGCUGAUGCCAGGAAACAAAAUGAGGCACUGCAGGGUGAGUCCCUGCAGAUGGAGGAGGAGUUGACUCGUCUGCGGAGCCAGCUGGAGGUCCACAAGAUGGAGGCAGCGGUGAUCGCCCAGCUGGAGGCGGAGAGGGCCUCUCUGGAGAGGGAGCGGGAGACACUCAGGGCCUCCCUGGAGACCCUCAGGACUGCAGCACGGAAGGGUGACCAGCUGGAGUUGACCAAUCAGACGCAGAAGGCGGAGCUAGAGCGCCUGACCCGCACACUGGACUCGGCCCGCCGCCGCGAAGAGGAGCUUGAAACGGAACUCCGCGAGUCCGGCCAGGAGGCCGAGUCCAUGGCCCGGGGGCGGGACCAGGCGCUUCUAGACGCGACACGAUUGGAGCAGGAGAAGGAGGCUCUGCAGGCCCAACUGGACAGCCAGCGACGGGAGCAGAGGCAGAGGGAGAGGGAGGCGGCGCGGCUGAGGCAGCAGCUGGAGAGCACCUCUUCUGCCCUGGAGCACAGCAGUCAGAGGGCCUGCAGCCUGGAGGCAGAGCACAGGCGCGUUUGCCAGGAACUCUCCCAUCUGAAAGAGCUCAGCACCAAACUGCAGGACCUUGAGAGGGAGCUUCAGAGCCUCACGCUGCAGAACACAGAUGGGAAGGACCAAAUCGCUUCCCUCAAACAGGAACUGGCCAAUGAAAAGAUUCACUCUCAGGAGCUAGCCAAUCAGGUGGCCGAGCUGACCCAGAAGCUGGAGCAGUCUGAAGCCAGUCUCAAGAUGGCCACCACCUCAGCUCAAAACCAGAUUGACUCCCUCACUGAGGAACUGGCCAAUGAGAAGAUCCGCUCCCAGAAGUUGACCAAUCAGGCGACAGAGCUGUCUCAGAAGUUGGAGCAGUCCGAGGCCAGUCUCAAGCUGGCCGUCUCCUCAGCCCAGAAGAAGCAGCAGUCAGAGACGCAGCAGCAGCAACAGCCGGUGACAGGGGAGGGCAAGCCAACAGCCCAGGGAGUGGAGACGGCGGCAGUGGGGAAGGUUCUGGAGCCAAAUGCCCCACCACAGGCCCAGGCUGCACCCCAGAGUGAGGCCCAGCAGGGCCCAUCCCAGGGCGGCCAGCCUGCUGUCCUGAGCAUCCCCGUGGUGGAGUCCCACCAGACCUCCAGAGACUCUGAGUCACCAGGGGGAAGAGCGUCCAGAGACCACAGCCCUUCUAGCAGCGCUGAGCAGAAUGAGAGGCUCAUCGAUGUAGAGAGAGAGAAUGCCUCUCUCCAGAAGGAGCGGGAGGCCCUGCAGGCGCAGCUGUCCCAGUGUCAGGCCUCGUGCACUGGUCUGAGGGACCAGCUGGACACCUUGCAGCGCCACGCCAUCUCCCUCCAGGACGCCUGCGCCAAGCUGCAGACCCUCAACACCAAACUGCAGGUGGACCAGGCGACCCUAAGUACCCAGCAUGCCUCGGUGCAGGCCCGCUGUGGUGAGAGCGAGGCCCGCUGCGCCGCUCUGGAGGCGGAGUCAAAGGUGUGGGUGAAGGAGAGGGCGGAGCUUACCCUGCGAGCAGAGGCGUUGAGGCGGGACCACGAGAGAUUGAUGGCCCUGCAGCAGAGGCAGGAGGUGGAGCUGGAGGAACUCAUGGCCAAGCACAGCCAACUAAAAAGCAGCAGCCGGGCACAAGAGGCCCAGUUCAAGGAGCUGGAAGCCAGUCACCAGGAGCUGUUGGAGCGCAAGAGGCAUCUGGAGCGCGGGGAGGAGGAGGUGCAGCGGGAGCGGGAGCAGAUGCAGAGGAGCGCCCAGGAACAGAUGGAGAAGGAGUGCGAGCUGGAGAGACUACGCACCGACAAUGACAGGUUCCAGACGCAGCAGAGGGAGUGGGUGCAGGUCCAGUCGGAGCUGCUGGCCCAGGGCUCGGUGCUGCGUGCCGACAUGAACGCGGCCCAGUUGGAGCGCACCCGGCUGGAGGGGGAGAUGAGCACGCUCAGGGAGCAGAACCAGAACCUGGACCUCAACUACGCACGCCUGCAGAACCAGUACCAGCUGCUGACGGCGUUGAAGGGCAACAUGGAGGAGGAGAAUCGUCACCUGGUGGAGCAGAACCAGAGUCUGUCCAGAGAGAACAGGUCUCUCAUGGAGAGGAGCCUGGAGAACAGAGAGGAGCACCAUAGCCAACAGAGAGAAUACCUGGACAAGCUGAAUGAGCUGCGGAGGGAGAAACAGAAGUUAGUGGAGAAGAUAAUGGACCAGUACAGAGUUCUGGAGCCCGCCGGGGCCACCCCUACCAAGGCCAAGAAGUCUAACUGGAUAGCGGACCGCAUGAAGAAGCUGAUUAAGCCUCGUACGGGCCGUGACGGUCGAGCUCACUUCAUCGCAUGCGGGAGCAUAGAGAACCUGGCAGACGCCACAGAUAUCAUACACCACUCACCCUCACCACCACUACCACCAGACCCCCGUAGUGCACCAGGCUCCCCGACCCCACUGCGUAGGGUCUCCUCUGCCGACUCCGAAGACCCCCCGAGACCCGGGCAGCGAUCGGGCCGCCGCAAGCUGGGCUCCCGCCAUGGCUGGAACCUGGGCAGGGGAGGCCGGGGAGCAGGAGGGGCAGGAGGGGCAGGAGUGUCGCAGUCCUUCAGUCCCGGGGACCAGCGCCCCCACCCCCGCGAACGCUGGCACACCUCCCAGGCCCUGUGGGAGACCCAGGACAGCAGCCCCAGCCAGGACAGCCUCAGUGAGGAGGGCAAGGGUGAAAGUGAGGACAGCCUUAGUAGGGAUGAGACUCCAGACAGACAACGCCUGUCCUCCGGAGCUGAAGAUACAGUGGCUUCAAGCACAGAGAAGUCCCUGGACUAGAGCACACAGGCCGACACCGUACCACCGCACGCCCACACAAAUCUCUCUCUUGUCUCAAUGAAUCUCACAAAAUACAUGUUUCAUGUUUAUUUUUUUAUCAAUAUGUUCUGUUGACAUGACUCACCAUGACUGAAGACAUGACUUGAAUAUGUUGUUUUGUAACGAUGUGCCAAACUAGUAGCUGUGCAUAUAAUUUAUCAUGCAUAAUAAUAUGUACACGAAUAAAAUUACAUUUUAUACGGUGGUUCUUAAAAGAAAGUGACAUGUCCACUUAAUGAGACUGAGAAUCAAUUAUAGUAGGUUGCUAUGGUUUUCCGUUGGUCCAAAUAUGGGGCCUCUUCCAUUGGGCUGCAGUUACCACUUAUAUCCAUUGAGGGGCAGUGUGACAAUAGUGACGCCCAAGAAAACCUUUCUUUCAUUCCUUCUUCUUUAAAAGAAGGAUCAUGUCCUUAUGCAGAGGAUGUGCACUUUGUGUUUCUGUCAACAGAAUCGCUGAGGGGAAGUGCAGAGACAAACUAAGAGGGGUUGGUAGAUUAUAUCGGCCCUGAUCAGUGAAACCUUCACAUGGAGGAAGCAGGAGAUGGAACAAG